AAGUUGGCCACACAAUAUCCUGUCCCCACCUGCAGGCCCACCGGAAAGCCCCCAACCCCAAUAACGACGAAGUUCUAGAGAGAGAAACGACAGACAUCCGCGGAGAGAGAGGGAGGGAGAGAGAGAGAGCGCUGGUGAAUGCAGAGGUGGAAGCUUCGUUACCAUUUGGCCCCCUUUCGAACUUAUCGCAAGGCGAGUGGUGGUUCCCCCCCACCCCCCUCUCUCUCUCUCUGUGUGCACCGACACUUCACUGUAUCUCUACAUUACCGUUUCCGGAAUCUCUCACGCACAUAAUUAUAUUCUAUACUCUUUUUGCUCCACUUGAUACUGCUCUGUUCAGCCGUGCCAUCCCCCUCUCUGAUUCGUAGCUGUCAACUUUAUCCGUAUCUCAAAUAAUUCACCUCUCCCAUCGAGAAAUGGACGAAGCAACCGCAUCAAUUAUCAACUAGUAUAUACCAUGUUCGUUUCUUCGUAUCACUUGAAUUGAAGAAGAAGAAUCGAGAGUUAUUACAAUUUCGGAGGGUGUUGAACUCAUUUGUAGAAAUCUUACAUUGGACAAUGGGAAGCUCGGAGGAAAGAGUGGUUGCUGUGAUAAUGGUGGGUGGACCGACCAAAGGUACCCGGUUCAGGCCAUUAUCUUUAAAUAUUCCAAAGCCACUUUUUCCAUUGGCCGGCCAGCCUAUGGUGCACCAUCCAAUAUCUGCUUGUAAAAAGAUCCCAAACCUAGCACAGAUCUAUCUCGUUGGCUUCUAUGAGGAGCGUGAAUUCGCAUUGUACGUCUCCUCAAUAUCUAAUGAGCUCAAAGUUCCCGUCAGGUACUUGAGAGAGGACAAACCACACGGCUCAGCUGGCGGGCUCUAUAACUUCAGAGAUUUGAUAUUGGAAGACAACCCGUCGCAUAUCUUCCUACUAAAUUGUGAUGUUUGCUGCAGUUUUCCAUUGCCUGCGAUGCUUGAGGCUCAUAGAAGAUAUGGGGGAAUGGGAACGAUCCUAGUAAUUAAGGUUUCUGCAGAGUCAGCCAGCCAGUUUGGGGAACUGGUGGCUGAUCCAGUUACAAAUGAACUCUUGCAUUACACAGAGAAACCAGAAACCUUUGUAAGUGAUCGAAUAAAUUGUGGUGUGUAUAUAUUUACGCCGGAUAUUUUUACGGCAAUUGGAGGUGUUUCGACACAACGGAAAGAUAGAGCGAAUCUGAGGCGUAUGUCCAGUUUUGAUGCUCUCCAGUCCGCGACAAGGAGUCUUCCGUCAGAUUUUGUGAGAUUGGAUCAAGAUAUUCUAUCCCCUCUUGCAGGGAAGAAGCAACUAUACACAUAUGAAACCAUGGAUUUCUGGGAACAAAUCAAGACUCCUGGUAUGGCUUUGAAGUGCUCGGCUUUGUAUCUUGCCCAAUAUCGGUGCACUUCCUCUCAUCUUUUGGCAAGUGGGGAUGGUACAAAUAGUGCAUCCAUCAUUGGUGAUGUUUACAUUCAUCCGUCGGCAAAAGUACAUUCAACUGCUAAGAUUGGUCCCAAUGUCUCUAUAUCUGCAAAUGCUCGUGUGGGACCCGGCGUAAGACUCAUCAGCUGUAUUAUUCUGGAUGAUGUCGAAAUCAAGGAAAAUGCAGUCGUUAUCCAUGCAAUUGUUGGGUGGAAAUCUUCUAUCGGUAGAUGGUCUCGAGUCCAAGCUGGAGGAGAUCACAAUGCGAAACUUGGAAUUACGAUUCUUGGUGAAGCUGUGAAUGUUGAAGAUGAAGUUGUGGUGGUCAACAGCAUCGUCCUUCCAAACAAGACCCUUAAUAUGAGUGUCCAAGAGGAAAUAAUACUAUAGCUUGGCUGUAAAUCCAGCAAUAAUGGCAUUGCCAAUCUCUCUCUCUCUCUCUCUCUCUCUCUAUUUUUUUUUUAGGACUAAAGCAAUUAGUGUUUGGGUGUUUAAUUGACGAUUUGUGUAUUGAUAUUUUCCAAAUCAAAUAAAAAGGCUUAGAUUGCUUUUA